UGCUGGCAAACAACAACAACAGAUAGAUGCAGAACCAUCGUGUUUUAUAAAUAUUAAAUAAAUAUAAAUAUAUUUAGUCAUUUGAUGGAAAGAGUUGUGUGAACAUAAAAUUUCUAGUCGGUGCAAUUGUCGUUGUCCAGUCUCCAUAUUCUAUUUGCUUAAGUUUUGUAUAUUCGGUUAUACAUGUUAGACGUAUUAGUUAGUUAAGAAGAAAAAAAAAUGGAGACAUUGGACGAAUCAGCGGCAGAUAUGGCGGCUGUGUCGCCUGAGAAAGGCAAGCCAGCAAUUGAUGAUGAGACUGAAGAAAAUAACCUUGGAGAUGAGAACGAAACGGAGGAACAACUGUCAAAAGAUGACAUCCCAGAUUCAAAUGCAGAUACAAGCAAACUGCAAACUAAUGAACUGGGAGAUGCAGAUGCCGUAUCUCAAAGAGAUAGCAUAAGCAGAUCGCCGUCACCGUCAGCCGUAUCUCAGAAGGAACGCUCAAGAAGUCGGUCACGCGAGAGAUCUCGCAGCGGCUCAAGAACCAGUCGUUCACGGUCGCCCAGCGGCGGUUCUAAAAGGUCCAUAUCAAAUGGUAGCAACCGACGUUCUCGCAGUCCAUCGAAACACUCACAAAAUGGUUCAAAACGCUCACGUUCUCGAAGUGGAUCGAAACGCUCUCGUUCACGUAGUGGCUCUAAGCGGUCGCGUAGUGGUUCACGGCGUUCUCGCAGUGGGUCUCGACGCUCCCGCAGUGGCUCCCAACGCUCACGCAGUGGAUCGCGGCGGUCACGCAGUGGAUCUCGGCGCUCCCGCAGUGGCUCAGGAUCACGACGCUCACGCAGUGGUUCUAGACGCUCACGUAGUGGCUCACGGCGGUCACGCAGUGGAUCCCGGCGUUCUCGCAGUGGAUCAGCUCGUUCUCGCAGCGGCUCACGUCGUUCACACAGUGGCUCACAUCGUUCUCGCAGUGGCUCAGGAUCUCGGCGUUCCCGCAGUGGUUCCAGACGCUCACGUAGCGGUUCAGCCAGAUCCCGCAGCGGUUCACGUCGUUCUCGUAGUGGCUCAGGAUCUCGUCGUUCCCGUAGUGGUUCUAGACGCUCUCGUAGUGGAUCCAGACGCUCACGCAGUGGAUCCCGACGUUCUCGCAGUGGAUCGGCUCGUUCCCGCAGUGGUUCACGUCGUUCCCGAAGUGGCUCAGGCUCUCGACGCUCACGCAGUGGUUCUAGGCGUUCACGUAGCGGCUCCAGAAGAUCUCGCAGUGGCUCUAAACGCUCUCGCAGUGGUUCAGCACGUUCACGAAGCCGGAGUCGCAGUCGCAGUCGUUCGAGUAGCAUAGCCUCCGGUCAAAAGAAACGGAAUGGUUCCCGAGACAGUCGCUCUCGCUCUGGGUCACCAAUGUCGCCAAAUGCGCAAGCUGAAUCCAGACGAAAACGUCUGGCCAUUAGCGAUUCGGAAGACGAUUCGCCGACACUUACUAAGAAACGACCCAAGAUCACAGACACCGAUAACGAGGAUGAAGAGCACGAUGGUAACAAUGCCAAUGACAACGAAAGAGAGAACGCACAAGAAAAAAUCACAGAGAGUUCUGAUGAUGAGAACACACCGAUUUCCAAUGAUACACAAAAUAGUAACUUUGUUUCGGACUUCGAUGCCAUGCUGAUGCGCAAGAAGGAAGAGAAACGUGUACGACGGCGCAAAAAUGAUAUCGAUAUCAUCAAUGAUAAUGAUGAUCUUAUUGAUCAGUUAAUAGUCAAUAUGAAAAAUGCAUCAGACGAUGAUAGGCAAUUGAAUGUACUUGGCAAGCCGGCCACCAAAAAGAUAUCAAUGCUUAAACAAGUGAUGUCACAGCUAAUCAAAAAGGAUCUGCAAUUGGCAUUUGUGGAGCAUAAUGUACUCAAUGUACUUACAGAUUGGCUAGCGCCAUUGCCUAACAAAAGUCUGCCCUGCCUUCAAAUACGCGAAAGUAUUUUAAAGCUAUUAUCCGAUUUUCCAACCAUUGAGAAGCAAUAUCUCAAGCAAUCGGGCAUCGGUAAAGCAGUCAUGUAUUUGUAUAAGCAUCCACAAGAGACCAAACAAAAUCGUGCUCGUGCCGGACGUUUAAUAUCGGAAUGGGCUCGUCCUAUAUUCAAUUUGAGUUGUGAUUUCUCGGCCAUGAGCAAAGAGGAACGUCAGGAGCGUGAUUUAGCGCAAAUGACACGAUUUCGUCACAAAAGUCCGGAACCCCAACCGGCAGCUAGUAGCUCAACAAAUAAAACCCAUUCGUUAUAUCAAACAUCUUCCGGCGAUGAUAAACUAUUGCGCCCCGGUGAUCCUGGUUGGGUUGCACGUGCCCGUGUUCCAAUGCCUUCAAAUAAAGAUUAUGUUAUACGGCCCAAAUCAACGGUUGAAGGCGAAGUCUCUUCGUCAACAAAACGUAAGCCGAAUCGUUAUGAGAAACAUAUGAAACGCUUUUUGGAUUCAAAACGUUUAAAGGAAAGUCGCCGUGCUGUGGAAAUAUCUAUCGAGGGGCGUAAAAUGGCACUUUAAGGAACAUCUAAUUCUACCUUAUCUACCUAAACUCUAGCUGUCGUUAAUAAUAAAAAAAAAUAUGUAAUAAUAUUAAAAAGAAAUUUAAGAAACAGAUAAUAUCCAAAACAUAGAACAAAAUAAAUUAUAUAUUUCUAUAUAAACUCCAUGAA